AUGGUGUUCAUCGAGACGUUCCUGGGCAUGGCCCGGUAUUUAUCACCGCGAAACGACGACGACUGGUCCGAUCGGAUGCACUAUCUCUACACCCCGAAUAUUCUGCUCGCCUUCUCGAUUCUCGUCUCGUUCAAGCAGUUCGGCGGCCGCCCCAUCGAGUGCAUGUUCCCCAACAAAUUUCCCGGAUCUUGGGAGCAGUACGCCGAGAACUACUGCUGGUCCCAGGACACGUAUUUCGUCGAACCCGACAAACACGUCGAGCAGAUGACCCUAGAGGAACGGUCAUCCCAUACGCGCCAGCUCUCCUACUACCAAUGGGUCCCAUUCUUCCUGCUGCUCCAAGCCGCGUUCUUUCGGGCCCCGAGUCUACUGUGGAAAUACGUGUCUAACCAUUCGGGAAUCCGCAUCCACGAGGUCGUCGAAAAGGCGAUGGAUACCGGGAAUGUUGACGAAACUGUGAUAAUCCAUCGCACAUUCUCCUGCCUAAACUUCCAAUAUUCCUCGAGCUACAUCUCGGUCGUCUACAUGUUCACCAAGGUCAUCUACCUCGGCAAUUGUCUGCUACAGCUGUGGCUCAUGAAUUAUUUCUUGAAAACGGAUCGAUAUGGAAUGUACGGUAUCGACGUGCUGUAUGAUGUAAUUACGGGUGUACGGUGGGAGACAAGCGGAUAUUUCCCGAGGACAUCUGUCUGCGAUUUUACGGUUCGUCAAGUGGCAAACAUCCAAAAAUACUCGGUUCAAUGCGUGCUGGUGAUCAACAUUUUUACCGAGAAAAUCUUCAUCGUCCUCUGGUUCUGGUAUCUACUCCUCCUGUCUGCCUCGCUAUUUACCGUGCUCUAUUGGGUGAUAUUGCUAUCGUUCCCCUGUUUCUCGCGAUGGUUCGUCGGCCAGCACCUUGAGCUGAGCAGCCUGGGAGGGUUUUCGGCGAGAACGAAAAAAUGCCGAGACGAUCUCUACAAAUUUGUCCACGGCUACCUCCAUCGCGAUGGCGUCUUUGUCCUAAGAAUGGUAUCCUCUCACGCCGGCGUGAUUUUCACGACGGAUUUAGUGCUGGCCCUGUGGAAAGAAUUCUACGGAAUCGAACAGAAGAUGCUGGAAUCGGACCCGGAGAGCUCCGUCGACCCUGAAGAACAGAAUCAGAAAAAUCUGAAUUUAAGACAACGCCGGGGGCGCCGGGUGAAGACGCUGGUAGAUGAGGAAGGGUUGGCCGCCCACCUAAUCCCGGUGACCCAGGGCCACCAUGACGAUGAUGAAGACAGCGCAACGAGCACAGACUCGGAAAAGCGUGCCGAGCAACGGACAAGAGCUCGAAUCCCGACGCCAGAGCUGUUAGAACGCUUCGACUCUCCAAAACCCCGCUCGCCAGUGGAGCAACGGUACGAAUUCGAGGAAAAUCUCGGAUUCCGCGACACUCCAGAUGACAAUACGGUACCCAAUUCCUCUCGCGACUACGAUUAUGACCAAUAUACGGAUAGGUAU